AUGGCUGAAUCAAACACCCAAGAUACUAGUUGCCAGGAAGGUAUCCUCUCCAGGCCCAGCGGACAGAUAAGUGGUCAAAGCCUCACAGUCAAAAACAACUACUGCCAGCUGUUGGAAAUAUUGCGGCAUUUACAGCAGACCAUGGAGGAGAACUUCCUGCAGCUGACGAGGCACAGGCAGCAGGAUCUGGUGCUGGAAGAGCAGAGACUUGACCUGGAGCAGCAGUGUGUUCAAGCUAUUCAGGAGCAGAAAGUCCUUGUGGACAAUUUAAUGGGUCAGCUGGCCGACAUCCUGCAGUCUGGGUCCUGGAGUGACCUAGGGUUGCAAUUGGCUCCACCUUCCGUGGACAGUAGUAGUAAUGACGAUGGUGGGCAGGGAGAUCAAUCACCCAGGCAACCUAACCAGCUACUUCCCCUGUCAAGCGAGUCCCAAACUACAUUUUCCAUCCAUGACCUCUCCAAUCGUGGGAAAGAUAUGUCUGACUUAUAUCACUUCAGCUUCAAACACUACAACGCCUACCAAGCAGACAAAUACCACAAGACUUUGAACACCUUGGGCUUCAUUAACCUCUGUACCAGUGAAAACAAGCUUUGCACCGACUUGAUGAUGGCAAGGUUGAGUAAGAGUGACAUGAACUACAUUGAGGAGGCCCUACUGCAAUACCCUGACUGGAGAGGACAACCAUUCUUACGGGAAGAAGUGGCCAGGUUUCUGACCUAUUACUGCAAGACACCUGCUCCCCUUGAUCCAGAAAAUGUGGUGGUUCUAAAUGGCUGUGGCUCUAUCUUCUCAGCACUGGCCAUGGUUCUGUGUGAUGUAGGGGAGGUCUUCCUGAUCCCCACACCCUUCUACGGUGGUCUCAUCUUCAGCUCCCACAUUUAUGCGAAAGUUGAACUGUUCUUCAUCUACCUGGACAGUGAGAUCACUGAGGAGAACACCCAACCUUUCCAGCUCACUGUGGACAAGUUGGAGCAAGGUCUGCAUGAAGCCAGGCUUAAGGGGAAAAAGGUCAGAGGUCUCGUGCUAAUCAACCCUCAGAAUCCUCUGGGUGACAUCUACUCCCGAGACUCAUUGAAGGAAUAUCUGGAAUUUGCCAAGAGGCAUAAGCUACAUGUGAUUAUAGAUGAGCUUUACAUGCUGUCUGUGUUUGGUUACAACGUCACAUUCCACAGUGUCCUGAGCUUGGAAAGCUUGCCUGACCCCAAUAGGACCCAUGUGAUCUGGGGUACCAGUAAGGAUUUUGGCAUCUCUGGCUUCCGCUUUGGCACUCUGUACACCCACAGCAAGGAAGUGGCCGCUGCCAUGAGUGCGUUUGGCUAUUUCCACAGCCUCUCUGGCAUCACCCAGUACAAGCUAUCCAGGCUGCUUCAGGACCGAGGUUGGAUUGACAAUGUAUACCUGUUUGCUUAUCACUCACGGCUCCAGGAAGCUCACAAGUAUGUCACAGACAAGCUGACAAGUUUGGAAAUCCCCUUUCUCAAUCGUAACUCUGGCCUCUACAUCUGGAUGAACUUGAAAAAAUACCUGCACUCAUGUACGUUUGAAGAAGAGCAAGCCCUUCAUCGUCGCUUCGUGGAUAACAAGGUGCUGGUGUCCUGUGGCAAGUCCUACAUGUGUAAGGAACCAGGCUGGUUCCGCCUUGUCUUUGCAGAUAAACCCUACAGGCUGAAACAGGGCAUGCAUCGGUUCUGUGAAACACUACAAGAACAGAAGGAGGAUUUGGUCUUAGAUUUACUCGAUGAUGUUUUGAAGGAAUAG